GCUGGGCAAAUGAAUAUUGCGGAGAGUACAACUAAUUCUAAUAAUAAAACUACAAAUGCUGAAGCUACUAUCGAUGAGUGCGCCUUAGACACUGACACUGUACAUCAAGAUCGCAAUCCACAUAGCAAGUGGUCACCCAAACAGGCUGAUCUCUUUGUUACUCAACAGUGUAAUCUAUUGGAAAGUAAUGAGCUACGCGCUUUGCCACCCAUAGAACUGCAAACCAAACUGGGUGAAAUCGUGCAAGAUAAUCCAUUGAACUCCAAAGCAUACUUUUUGGGCUACAUGAAUCAGUUGAGAUUGCGUGAUUUCUUUGGUGCUAUGGAUGCACUACAUCGUUCCUUCGAUCGCAGUCCCUUACAAAUGACGAAUCAAUAUGAGCAGAAGGGUUUUCAGUAUUUCAGCAUUAAUCUCGCCGUCCUACACGCCAGCUUCGAUCAUAAACGCGAAGCUUUAAGUGCACUACGUGAAUGUAUUAUGUUGGCACAGGAGUGUGGUGAUAAACGUUGUUUGGAUCUUGCAAAUGCUUGGUAUUGCCUACUAAACAGCCAUCGAAUGUAUCCCUUCGAGAAGAGUUUACCUGACAUACAAGAUCCCGGCUUAAUGCAAUCUCUUUCCUUGGCCAUACAAUUCGUAGUUAAAUUUGGAGCACAGUGUGGUUACAUGCCUCUGGAUCUCUUCGAACUACUCUUGAAGAGUGAUGAACUUAAUAGUAAAAAUUACAUUUUGGAACAUGUUUCCGAUUCGUUGGCACUGCGUUCAGCACUUUGGUGUCUAUAUGGACGCUACGAAAUGUCUGCUAUGUAUGCGCAGUUGCUGCUCAACUUAAAGAAAACCUGGGUAUUUGGUGAUGUGAGUAAUUCGGAGAGUGUCUGUAAGGUUCUAUCAAGCCUGGCACUUUGGUUGAACAUACAAGGAGAACACCACUUAAGUGCUGUGGUGUUGCAUAAUGCGCGCAAACGUUUUCCACGCUAUCCGCACGCAGCUCAAUGGAUGAUUAGUGAAUGCCAUAUAAAAAUACAGCAAUGCAUCUAUCGUUGUCGUUGGCAGGAAGCACUAAAAGCUUGCUGUCAACUUUAUUUGCUGGACAAAAAUGACGGCAAUCUGCAGCGCGCCACUGUAUUGGUGGCAAAACGUUAUUUUAAUGUGGCACGCCGCCUACUGCACAAACUGCUGGAAACGAGUAAUUUGGACAUUUUAACAAACGUACGUGUGCUGGUCCUGAAGGCCAUCUCAGUGGAUUGCAUGUCAUCACAAACAAUAGAACUGCUUAUGCGUGCCUCGGUGUUAGCUGCCUCGGCGUAUCUGGAGUAUGAACAUGCAAUGGUUGAUAUGGUGCUAGCGCAAGUGCUGCUUAGAAUGGGUUUGAUACAGAAAGCUUUCCAAGCAAUUAAGAAUUGCAUGGAAAUCAUCUGUAUUAAUGGCGGCAUCUAUGAUCGCGCCAAGACUGAUUUUAUAUUUGUUAAGUGCUUGGUGGCAGCAGCAGAUAGCAAGGGUAUGAAGAUUAUAGGUCUUCUGAAAUCCAUACCGAUGUUGGAGAACGCAAUUGAACAGUUUAAGAAACUGGAGGCACAUGCAAAAGUUUUGGAUAUUUACGUGUAUCUCGCCAAGACCUUUGACGAAUUGAAGGAAAGAGAGGAACGAAAUAAGUAUGCUUGUAAGUUCAAGCAAUAUUUCAAGUCGCAUCCGGUUGCAAGGGAAUAUCUUGGCAUGAUAUUUUGAAUAAAAACAAAUAUU